AUGAUAGAAAUCAACCCACUGGAGAGUCGUGUGCACAAGAAUCUUGCUGGUGAAGGGAUGUAUCAGGUCCGAAUGAUCCCAUAUCAUGACGUUGGGUUCUCUCAGCCCUUCAAUGGUAGUGUGAAUGCAGAACUCAACCAGGAGAAUUUUGUUGAGGUUCGUGUUGAUGGGGUUGACAGUCGACAGUUGGUGACAGUGAUUGACACAUGUUGGGCUACACCUGUGAAUGAUCCAGAUUACAGUCUGCGCUGGGAUCUCAUCACUGGAGAGUGUCCAAAUCCACAUGAUAACACAGUGAAGCUUCUUCAGAAUGGUGUCUCAACAUCCAGCCGUUUCUCCUUCAGGAUGUUCAUCUUCAACUCAAACUCCACUAAAGUUUACCUGCACUGUGCUGUUCAUCUUUGUCUGGCCAACAAUAACUGCUCAGCGGACUUUGUACUCUAA